GCUCUCAGUCCGCCACUGAGAACUCACAGACAGCAGGUGGGCGGCGACCAUAUCAAAGAGACUGAGGUGAGGACCCGCUGGACUUCAGCAGCUACCACCUCCAGUCCUGUAUCUUACCUUCUGGAGGAGCAAAUGUACUCCUUCACCAGAGCGCGCGUCCCUUCCCCCGGGUGACCGCCUUUAGGAGGAGGAGACCCCGGACGGCGGAGCGCUUAGGAGACAAGACGCCGAGGAGAUGGAGACCCAGGGGGCCCCAGCAGGCACUGAACCAAGAGCCAAGGAGCCGGGGUUGCCCAGCCAGCUGCUGCCCGAGUUGUACGGUUUCGUGGCUCGGGUGUUGCUAUACCUGGCGCCCGUCUACCUGGCCGGGUACCUGGGCCUGAGUCUCACCUGGCUGAUCCUCGGAGCCUUCCUGUGGAUGUGGUGGCGCAAGAACCGCCGCUGGAAGCACUCGCGCCUCGCCGCAGCCUUCGAGUUCUUGGACAAUGAACGUCAAUUCAUCGGCAAGGAGCUCCGUGACCAGCAUCUGCCUGCUUGGAUCCACUUCCCAGAUGUGGAGCGUGUUGAAUGGGUCAACAAGAUCAUAGCACAGACCUGGCCCUACCUUGGCAUGAUUAUGGAGAAGAAACUUCGAGAAAAACUAGAGCCAAAGAUCAGAGAAAAGAGUGUCCAUCUGAAAACGUUCACCUUUACCAAGCUGAACUUUGGACAAAAGUGCCCCAAGGUCAAUGGUGUGAAGGCUCACACUAACCAGUGCAAUCGAAGACGGAUCAUCCUAGACCUGCAGAUAUGCUUUAUAGGAGACUGUGAGAUCAGUGUGGAGAUACAAAAAAUGCCUGCUGGGGUGAAUGGUAUACAGUUACAGGGCACUCUGCGUGUGAUCCUGGAGCCUCUCCUUGUUGAUAAGCCAUUUGUAGGAGCUGUGACUGUAUUUUUUCUUCAAAAGCCUCACCUGCAGAUAAACUGGACCGGCCUGAUGAACCUCCUGGAUGCUCCAGGUAUCAAUGAUGUGUCAGACAGCCUGUUUGAAGAUCUCAUCGCUGCACACCUUGUACUGCCAAACAGAGUGACCGUCCCUGUGAAGAAAGGGCUGAAUAUAACCAACCUUCGGUUCCCGCUACCCUGCGGAGUGAUCAGAGUUCACUUGUUGGAGGCUGAGAAACUAGAACGAAAGGAUGGCUUCCUGGGGUUGAAGGGCAAGUCAGAUCCAUAUGCCAUGGUAACUAUUGGCCUCCAACAUUUCCGGAGCAAGACUGUAUGCAGGAACUUGAAUCCUACCUGGAAUGAAGUUUUUGAGUUUAUAGUUUAUGAAGUCCCGGGGCAAGACCUGGAGGUGGAUUUGUAUGAUGAAGACACGGACAAAGAUGACUUUCUGGGCAGCCUCCAGAUCAACCUUGGAGAUGUCAUGAAGAACAGUAUGGUGGAUGAGUGGUUUGUCUUGAAUAAUACCACAAGUGGCCGGCUGCACUUGAAGCUUGAGUGGCUUUCUUUGACCACCUAUCAAGAAGUUCUAGCUGAGGACCCCAAUGGACUCUCAACUGCCAUCCUCGUUGUCUUCCUAGAAAGUGCCUGCAAUUUACCAAGAAGUCCUUUUGAUUAUUUGAAUGGUGAAUACAGAGCCAAGAAACUGCCCAGAAGUGCCAGGAACAAGAUGGACAAGGACCCCUCUGCCUACGUCAAGAUGCGUGUGGGUCAGACAAUCCAGACAAGUAAGACAUGUGCCAACAGCAAGGAUCCUGUUUGGGGCCAGGCCUUCACAUUCUUUCUUUACAGUGUGGCCACGGAACAAUUUCGUCUGAAGGUGAUUGACGAUGACCAAGAGUGCGCACUGGGCAUCCUGGAGCUUCCCUUGGUCCAGAUCCUCACCUACUCAGACAUGACCAUCGAGCAACGAUUUCAGCUAGACUGCUCUGGUCUGGAUAGCCUCAUCUCCAUGAAGCUGGUACUUCGGUUUCUGCAUAUGGAGGAUCGGGAACCAGGCACCCCGUACACGGGCCCUGAGGUUCUGAAGAAAGGACCCAUGUUCAUUAAGAGAGCAGAAAUCAACCAGGAGGUGAAAGGCCCAUCCCAGGACCAUGAUUCCACACUUCCACUUCAGUCCCAAAUUGCCGGAACUUCUGAAGCCAAGGCAACCAACGAAGAUCCCACAAUUAAGCCCAUUCCUCAGGAGAAGGGACCAGAACCCAAAGCCAAGGGCAGUAGCAACAGUCCCCAAGAGCAAGUAGAGAAUAAAAGCAAGACGACCAUGUUCUUGACUGUUCCUGGCUCCCAUUCUCCAGGGCCGAUCAAGUCCCCCAGACCUAUGAAAUCCCACGCCACUCCAUUCUCUUGGCCACAUAAAAAGAUGUCUCCCAGCUUGUCUUCACUCAAUUCCAUGGCCUCCUCGUGCUUUGAUGUGACAGAAAACAGCCUAGCCUUUGAAACUGAUGGAAGCCACCAGCCACUGGGAGAGAUUCAGCUAACUGUGCGCUACAUGACCCUGCGACAUAGCCUUGUGGUUUUCAUUAAUGGCUGCAGGAAUUUGAUACCCUGUUGUAGCAGCGGAGUGGAUCCUUACGUCCGAGUGUAUCUGUUGCCCGACAGGAAGUGGACAGGCCGGAAGAAGACAUCAGUAAAGCGGAAAACCCUAAAUCCCCAGUAUGAUGAAAAAUUUGAAUUUUGUGUCCCCAUGGAAGAAGUGAAGAAAAGAAGCCUGGAUGUUGCAGUCAAAAAUUGCAGACCAUUUGGUUCACACAGAAGAAAAGAACUGGGCAAGGUGUUGAUUGACUUAUCAAAGGAAGAUCUAGUCAAGGGGUUUACACAGUGGUAUGAACUGACAGCAAAUGGACAGCCAAGAAGUUGAUUUUAAAAAUGUUACAAUUACUACUUAUCAAAGAACAAGCACGUCAAGCUUUAUAUUAAAAUAUAUAUGUGUAUUUUCUGUAAUUAAUUGCUCAGAACAUUUGAAAAGUACAUAUAUUCUGGUGUGAAAUUUAUAAAGUACUUUUUUCAGUGUCUGAUGAACAUUUAGAAAAUAUAAGACUUUUGAAAAGGUGAGAUUUUUCUAAGGCAAGAUUUAAUGUGUUUAAAUCCUGUAAUAAGGAAAUUGAAUUCACUGUGACUUGUAACAGUUUUAUAGGAACAAAGUGAAUUUUAUCCAUUUCUAGGCAAUUACAGGUAGUUCCUGAUUUACAAAUGAUACACAGAAAAGAAAUAAGUAUCAUUGGAUUGAAGUGGAGAGGGGCAAGAGUAGCUUCUGAAUCACCCCUUUCUUAAGGGGCAACUAUAUUCCUGGUUUUGGACAGCUUAUCUUCUCAUGUGCAAAAGUAGAGUCAGCAGUGAUAAAAGUGCCAAGUUCCAAACACACCACAUUAACCACAACCCCACUUCUCCAAGUAGAAGCAUUCUUCUUCUCCUUUACUAGAUUUAUUUUCCCCAAUGAUCUCCAUACUUGACCUCCAGUACAUUACUUUAUCUCAUAUCAUGCUCAUGUUCUUGUCCUUACCACAAGUAGCCUAUUAGGAUUGUAAGUAAACUAAAGAUUGUUCUUUUGAGUUUUGCCAUCCCUGGUGCACUGAGCAUAAAAGCUUAAUAGAUGUGUGAAAUUAAAUUGAACUGAAUCAGAUUGAACUGUAUUGAAUUAGAGAUGAAAUAAGCUUUUGUGGACAUUAUUAUUCAUUUAGAACUGUAAAAUCAAGACUAUUUAUAUUGUUAAUAUUAGAAACAGUAGACGUGGUAUGGGAACUUGGGGUAUUAGUUCUUAUCUCUAUAAUAGAGAGGCCUUAGUCUGUUUUUCUAUUUCAAAAAAUGAUUUUGGUCACCAAAGUAACCUUAUGCUGCUUUAAAAGCAAAAUAUGUAAAGUAUUUGUGUAUAUACUAAGUGGUUUUGCAUUUUCAUUUUUAAUGCUCUUAAUAAUUCAUCAUAUUAAUAUGCACUAAAAAAAAACAAACAAACCUAGAACAU